AUGGACGGACAGUUGAGACAAUUGGUGAACCAAGUGUUGGCAAUAAUGGGCGAAGAAGUGGAUCACUUGAUGGCCGUCGAGGGACGAGUGUUGCGGACACUGACCACGAGUUAUGCGAUACACGUGUUGGCGAUGGUAUCGGUGGACGCCAUCAACGCUGUGGUCAUCGACAGCGCCAUCCUCUCCACGAUUGUCACCGUAUGGCUGGCCUUAAGACUCAAUCGCAAACACUUCUCACCACUCAUUACACUCAUUGUCGACCACUUGUGUCACAGGCAAUGGAUUAAACAGUUAAACUCGAAAAAGCCAAGUCUUGGUUGGGCUCUAUUCAAGGCAUUCGUCUUUGAAUUCAUUCCAUGGAUUCUGCUCUUUAUAUUUCAAGAAGCGGUGAUACGUGUGGCCCAACCCGUGCUCUUGGGAUAUGUGGUCAGAUAUUUCCAGAAGAAACAGCACAUCGCGUAUACGGACGCCGCCUAUUGUGCCGCCGGUGUUGUCCUGUGUUCUGCCGGUUGUGUUACUCUCAAUCACUUGAACUUCACUUAUCUCAUGAAGACUGGGAUGAGGAUGAGAGUGGCCUGUUGUGCACUUAUGUUCAAAAAGUCAAUGAAAUUAAGCCGUUCAGCGAUGGGAAAGACAACAGUCGGACAAAUACUUAAUAUGAUGUCCAAUGAUGUCAACAGAUUUGAUGAGUUUGCAUUUACUGUUCACUCGUUAUUUGUGGCACCGAUUCAGUCGGCAGUGAUUCUGUUCCUGCUUUGGGAGCACUUGAGUUGGGCCUGUUUUUCGGGACUCGGAGUCAUCAUACUAUUCAUCCCAUUCCAGGGCCUUAUGGGACGUCUGUUUCAAAGUGUGCGGCGACAGACGGCUCAACUCACAGACACUAGGAUUAGGAUUAUGAACGAAAUCAUAUCCGGAAUGCGAGUGAUUAAAAUGUAUACCUGGGAGAAGCCCUUCCAGGACUUAGUGGCCGACGCGAGACUAAAACUGUCGGCAGAAUCGGUAUUCGUUACAAUGGCUUUCUUUAAUACACUGAGAAACACGUUAACCAAACACUUUCCGGCGGGAAUCGCCGCCAUCGCUGAACUCAUAGUUGCCUGCCAUCGGAUUCAGGAGAUAAUUGAGCCCACAAUCAAAGAUCUGAGUGUUUGCGUAAAAUCGGGUGAAUUAUUGGCAGUGAUUGGACCGGUCGGCAGUGGAAAGAGUUCACUAUUGAUGGCAAUCCUCAAUGAGUUGUCACUAACUGGCGGUUCGCUGGAAGUGAGGGGCAAAGUCUCGUACGCACCGCAAGAGUCCUGGGCUUUCAUAUCCAGUGUUAGAGACAAUAUCCUCUUCGGCUCUGAAUAUAACGAAGAGAAAUAUAAUAAAGUGGUUCACGUGUGCGCUCUGGACAGGGACUUCAAACUGUUCCCAUUCGGUGACAAAACUCUUUGCGGUGAACGCGGAGUGUCGUUAAGUGGAGGCCAAAAGGCUCGGAUCACAUUAGCCCGAGCCCUAUACCAUGAGGCAGACGUCUACCUAUUGGACGACCCGCUGUCGGCAGUGGACGCACACGUCGCUAAACAUCUCUUCCAAAAUUCAUACUUAACCACCGAUUGCUAUAUUAGAUGUGCGAUGGAGUACCUGAAAGAUAAGGCCCGCAUAUUAGUCACACAUCAGAUCCAAUUCCUGAGAGAGGCUCAUAAGAUACUAGUCCUAAAUGAAGGCAAAUGUGUGGCGUUCGGCACUUACGAAGAGUUGAUGGAAUCUGGCGUUAAUUUCAUGCAAUACUUAAGCGAUACGAAACCACACGACCCGAAGACUGACCAAUUGGCUGAAUAUAGAAGAAUGCAGAGAAGCGUGUCGUUUACGCCAUCGCUGGCGAGCAGUAUUGCCGGCUCUGAAGUAUCGCACGAAGAGAUCAGAGACGUGAUCGCCGAAGAAGACGAACCAAAACUGAAAGGCGAGACCAAAAUGAUCGGUUCAAUCGAUUCCAGUAUAUAUUGGGAUUAUAUGAAGGCCGGCGCCGGAUGUUUCCUUAUAUUCGUUACGCUCUCAUCGAUAGUCGUCUCUCAAGUGCUUUAUCAGGGAAGCGACUUCUGGCUCACCAUAUGGUCAGUUCAUCCAUCAAUCCAUUCAAUUCAUUAA